UGUGGAGCUCCGCGAUAACCUCGGUGUCCUGAGUUCGAAACACUUUGUCUUUCUUUCUUUCCCCUCUGCCUUUCUUUACCCCGGCUUCGUGCUAUCGAACACUGCAUCAUGGAUGAUAUUCCCCCCAAAGAUGAUCGAAUCCGCAUCACACCCUCUAGUGCGUGUGACGACCAUCACACCAGCGCGUUCUCGUUCCCAGCCCGGCCAGUCCCAUUGGCGAUGGCUCUGGGCGCGAGCGCUUGAUCGAGGCCCAGCAUUGGCCAGACGCAUCUUUGGCUUUUCUCUGUCACUCGUUGCUUGGUUCCGGGCAUGGAUGGGACAUGGGUUUGCUAGGUGAUGACCCCUCUUUUGGACAUGGUGCGGCGGCGUCUGUGGAAGGUUUUACUGUGUCUUUUACAUAUCUAGCUGCUCGUCCCGG